GCAGCUCCAGCGGUGCGGUUCAGGCGGUCUCUGCAAGACGUGGAGGUGAGAGAGAGAGGCAUGGCCGUGUUGGAGUGUGAGGUACCUAAUGAGGGCAUCCCUACUGCCUGGUACCUGGAGGACCAGAGACUGCAGGCAGGGGAUAAAUACGGCAUAGAGCAGAACGGAGCCAGGCGCAGGCUCACUAUCCGAGAUGUAGGAGCGGACGACGAUGGGGUCUAUCUCUGUGAGAUGCCUGAUGGAGGGAAGAGUAUCGCUGAGCUGGCCGUCAAAGGCACAAUUGUUAAAAAACUUCCUCGAAAACUAGAUGUGUUGGAGGGGGAGAAUGCUGUGUUCUGUGUGGAGGUAGAGGAGGAGAACAUGGAUGUCCACUGGUUCAAAGAUGGCCUGAAGCUACGCGAGAGCCACCAGACUAUCCUCAAGUCCUUUGGUAAAACCCACAUGCUGGUGUUCGUCAACGUCUGCCACGGGGACACUGGGGUCGUGACCUUCGUUGUGGGAAGAUCCAAGACCUCGUCCCGGCUCAGAGUCAAAGCUGCCAGACACAGCCCUCCCAUCUGUCCAGUGGGGGUGGAGAUGGAUGUGGACAGGCCCAACAGCGUGCUCCUCUCCUGGGAGCCGGCCCCCACCAGCCAAACCACCACCCGCUCUGUCUAUGUCCUGGAGAGACAGGAAGUGGGAUCACAGGAGUGGCUGAGGUGUGCGACCUCCGACACGGCGACCUCCGCAGAGGUCAUGGGCGACAGCGUGCCGUGCGAGGGCGAUUACCGCUUCCGUGUCUGCUGCAUCAAUAAGUAUGGCCGUAGUGGACACGUGGAGUUCCCUAAAGUCAUCCAUCUUGUGCCAGGUCCCAAGAUCAGGACCCCUCUCCAGGGCUGUGAGGUGACGGAGGGGGAGGACGCCCUGUUCUCCAUCGAUCUGUCAGUGAUGGUGACGGGCACCUGGUUCCUGAACAGCACCCAGCUACAGGAUAGCCAACACUACUCUAUCCAACAGGCCAAGACACAGCACUCCCUGGUAAUCCACAGCACCAAGGUGGAAGACCACGAGGCAGAGGUCACCUUCAUCGCCAACGGAGUCAGAGACUCAGCGGUUCUCAAGGUUCAAGCUGCGGUGGUGAAGUUCAGCCCAAUGUCAGAGUCAGACAGUAACAAGAGGGUGGAGACUGGUGACCCUGUGGUCCUGUACUGUGAGGUGUCCCACCCCUCAGCCAGCGUGGGCUGGUUCAAGGAUGGGGUGGAGCUACAGGUGACAGAUGGCCUCAACAUCCAAUCAGAAGGCAACAUGAGGAGGAUCGUUAUCCCGGCUGAGUUCACCGACUCUGGCGUGUACACAUGCGAGACGAUGGGUGAUGUCAUCAAAUUCAACGUGGAGGUUGAAGGUCCCCCUGUGCAGUUCAGUGAGGUCCCUGAGGAGGAGCUCCAGAAGUCUGCCAUGGAGCUGGAUCCUGUGGUGCUCACCUGUGAGGUUUCCAGAGAGGACGCCAACGUUACCUGGUAUAAGGAUGGGGUUGAGGUCCAGGCCAGUGAUAACAUGACCAUACAAACAGAGGGCACCAUGAGGAGACUGAUCAUCCGUUGUGCUGAGACCUCAGACGCAGGAACCUACAGCUGUCAGUCAGGAGACAACAGCCUCUCAUUCACUGUCAACAUCAAAGAGCCUCCAGUGAUGAUCGUGGAGCCCAAGGAGGACGUGGUUAUGGAGGGUCAUAUCUCUGAGCAGGUGGUCCUGCAGUGUGAGCUGUCCCGUUCCAGCGGUGAGGUCCACUGGUUUAAGGACGGCCUUCAGGUCCUGGAGACGGAGAACGUCCAGCUGACGUCCGAGGGACCGUACAGGAGGCUGACCGUCCUCUGCGGCUCGGCAGAAGAUUCCGGAGAGUACGUCUGCGACACGGAUGGAGACUCUGUGUUCUUCCAGGUCACCAUCACAGAGCUUCCGGUGCGAAUCGUCUCCCCCACUGAGUCUGAGCUGGAGCUGACCAGCCUGACCUCUGAGAGGCUGGAGCUCAGCUGCGAGAUGUCCCAGCCUGAUGCCCAGGUACGCUGGUACCGAGAUGGGCUGGAGGUGGAGGAGAGUGCCUCUCUCAUCCUGGAGGUCCAGGGAGCCCACAGGACACUGGUCAUCCCCGCGACCACUGUGGAGGACACAGGAGAGUAUGUGUGUGACACAGAGGAUGACUCGGUCACAUGGCUGGUCACUAUUACAGAGCCUCCUGUGAAGCUGGCCCGCUCUGAAACAAUGUCUGAGGUAAUGGACUGUUUCUCUGGAGAACCCAUCGUCCUGGAGAUCGAGGUGUCACGGUUCAACGCUGAGGUGAUCUGGAUGAAGGAUGGAGGAGAGGUGGAGGAGAGCAGUGAUGUCACCAUCACUGAGGAUGGACUCAUCCGCCGCCUCACCAUCCGCACGCCCGCCCCGGGGGACUCUGGGAAAUACACCUGUCUUGCCUCAGAUGACCUCAUCGACUUCCAGGUCAAGGUGUCAGAGCCCCCAGUGAAGAUUGUGAAUAGGUCAGAAGUCAAGACAGAGGUCAAGUCCCUGCCCUCUGAUGACAUUGAGUUGGAGUGUGAACUCUCCAGGGCCAAUGCUGUCGCUAAGUGGUACAAAGAUGGCCGCCGGUUAAACGAGGACGAGAGGUUCUAUGAGGAGGAAGAAGGGGCGUUCCGCUCCCUGGUGAUCCUUAACGCUGAGCUGGAAGAUUGCGGAGACUUUCUUGAUGCCGGAGAUGAAAACAUCACCUUCCAUGUCACUGUGCAAGAGCCUCCAGUGACCAUCCUGGGGAACUCUGAGGACACAGACCAACAGGAGAUGGUUGCCGGGGAUGACCUGAUCCUGGCCUGUGAGGUGUCCCGGGCCAAUGCCCCUGUCCAGUGGUACUGUAACGACAGACAGCUGACUAGCGAUGACCGGACCUACAUCGAGAGCUACGGCACGCUGAGGAAACUCAUCCUCUCUGACAUCCUGCCCUCCGACUCUGGGAAGUACAUGUGUGAUGCUAUCGAUGACAAGAUGGUCACCAUGGUGAAGAUCCAAGACUCCCCCGUCACCUUCGUAGACAAACAGGCAGUGAACAUCAUCACGGGUUAUGAGGCAGAGAGCGUGACGCUGAUGGGGGUCGUGUCUAAGGAGAACGCUCCGGUUCGCUGGCUCAAGGACUGGACGCCCGUCAUAGGGGACCGCUUCCACACGGGGGUCGACGGAGCCAACCGGUUCCUCACCAUUGACCCGCUGAGACGGUCGGACAGCGGAGAGUACACAGUAGACGCCAACACAGACGAGAUGCAUUUCAGUCUGCUAGUCAAAGAGAUGAGGGUGAAGUUUGCCAGACCGCUCCACGACACCGUGGCCCAUGCGGACGGCAUGGUGACCAUACGCUGUGAGGUGUGUAAGCCCAAGGCGGACGUCCAGUGGUUGAAGGACGGCGUGGAGAUCGUCCCCAGCCGGAGGUUCACCAUCCGGGCCGACGGCGUGGAACGCAGCCUGACCAUCCACAGGCUGACCAGGGAGGACACGGGGGAGUACGCCUGCGAGUCCAAGGAUGACCGCACCGCCGCCAGGCUCAGUGUCGAGAUGCCCCGCGUGGUAGAGUUCUUGACAGAGCUCCACAACACCAUGGUGUUAGAGGGAGAGGACGCCACCUUCAAGUGCGUGGUGUCGCCAGAGGACGUGCAGCUGGUGUGGGGGAUGGACGGCGAGCUCGUCGUCAUGGGUGACCGUUUCCAGGCAACGCAGAACGGCCUGUGUCACACCCUGGUGAUCAAGAGCUGUCAGAUCCUGGACUCCUGUAAGAUCACAGUGGAGGCUGAGGGGAAUGUGUCUAAGGCCACCCUCAAAGUACAGGAAGCUCAGGUGACCUUCACUAAGAAGAUGGAGGCGGUGAUGGCCGAGGAGUACGGAGACGCUACCAUGGAAACAGAGGUCAGUCUGGACACGGGCGAGGUCCAGUGGAUGAGGCAGGGUGUGGUCAUCCAGCCAGGACCCCGACACACCCUGGUUCAGAGCGGACGCAAACGCAGCCUGACCAUCUGCAACCUCAACCUCUCUGACCGCGGAACCUACCGCUGUGAAACCCUGCACGACCGCACGCAGGUCAAACUCAACGUGGAGCCCCGUAAGAUCGCCAUCCGUAAGGGUCUGGCGGAGACGGACACGUUUGAGCGGGAGACGGCCUCCUUCGAGGUGGAGCUGUCUCACACUGGCGUGGAGGGCUUCUGGCAGAAGGACGGCAUCCGGGUCAAACCCAGCAACCACUGGCGGGUGAGCUGCAACGGGCUGGUCCACGGCCUCACCCUGUCCAACCUUACCCUGGAGGACACGGGCACCAUCGUCUUCUCUGCGGAGGGAGUCCGGACCUCUGCCAGGCUCACUGUCAAGGAGACUCCAGUGACUCUCAUGAAGAAGCUGGUAGACAUGAGACUGGAGCAGGGCUCUCCUGCCACAUUGGAGUGUGAGCUGUCCAGGCAGAACGUGGAGGUCAGGUGGCUGAAGAAUGGGACAGAGCUGAAGCCAGGGAAGACCCAGUACCGUAUUUACUCCAUGGGGAGGAAGAGGUUCUGUCAGCUGCUGCAGUGUAGCCUCUCUGAUGCAGGCACCUACACCUGUGACGUAGGAGACGUCAAUACAUCCUGUAACCUGGAGGUCUAUGAGCCUGAAGUGGAGGUGCUACACGGGCUGGAGGACCUGUAUGUCCAGGAGGACCAGAAUGCUGUGUUCAUGUGUGAGGUGUCCAUGGAGGACGUGACUGGGGAGUGGUACAAGGAUGGACACAAGAUACGACCCACUAGCACCAUCAAGAUACGCACAGAGGGGACCAAACACUUCCUUCUCAUGUGCAACGUUAAAGCUGAGGAUUCUGGGGAGAUCCGCUUUGUGACCAAACAGACAGAAUCAACAGCCUACCUAGAGGUGGAAGAGGCCCCCGUGUCUAUCGUGAAGCCUCUGAGAGAUCGCACGGCUCUGGAGAAGCACCGCGUGAUUCUGGACUGCACCGUGUCCACGCCGCGCUGUGAACUCACAUGGUACAGAGGCAAGGCAGAGCUGGUGUCUUCUGAUAGGCUAGAGAUCCACAGUGACGGCUGCUACCAUAAACUGACCAUCCACGAGGCGACUGUAGAGGACGAGGGUACCUAUAGUAUAGAGGUUGGGGAGCACACCUCCACAGCCCAACUCCUGGUGGAAGCCCAGUCCCUGGUGAUAGAGACAGAGCUGGAGGAUGUGGCGGUGACGGCUCCUGACCAGGCCUGUUUCCAGUGUGAGGUGUCCGUGGCCAUCAGCAGGCCCCCAGUCUGGACUCUGAAUGGAGAGACCAUCCAGUCCAGCCCUGAUGUCCGCUUAGAGAACCACGGAACCGUCCACAAACUGAACCUGAAACAGACCAGACCAGACAUGAGCGGGACGGUUACCUUCGCCAUGGGAAAGGCCAAGAGCAGCGCCAAACUGAACGUGAUGUGGAAGUAGAGGCAAGGGGGAGAGAAUGGGAAAUGUUGAUUCUGUUAUGAUCAGGAAUUGAAUGUCUGAGACU